CGAGGGUAUUCAUCUCUAAACCCUCUUCUCUGGCUCUGGCUUUUCUCUUGCCUUAGAGCCGCCCCCUUCUUCGAAGAGGUUAUCUUACUGACAUCACUAUAAUGGGGAAGUCCAGUAAGAAGGCUAAUAGCAAGGUUGCUGUUCCUGCUGUUUCUGCCCCUACCUCAACUGCAUUGAAAAAGGCAGGUAAGAGGAAUGCAGAAGAGGCUAUUGAAAAGCCAGUGAAUGCCAAGAAACAGAAGAAAGAUAUUGAAGAGGUUCCAAAAGGUAAAAAUAAUGGUAAACCAAAGAAGGCAAUGAAUGUCCCACCGCCAAAAAAGAAAUCUGAAACCAGUAGUUCUGAUGACACUAACUCUUCGGACUCUGAAGAAGAGGUUAUUGUGCCUCAAAAAAAGAGUGCGAAGAUAGUGAAGUCACCAGCUCCGGGGUCGAGUAGUGAUGAGUCAUCUUCUGAUGAGGAACCUGCUGAAAAGGCUAAGAUUCCUGCAAAGAAGCCCGGAAACUCUGUAACAAAGAAUGGUCCAGCUGCUGUUUCUGCCAAGAAUGCAAAGAAGGAGAGCAGUUCUGACAGUGAUUCGGAGUCAGAAGAAGAAACUGAAGCUCGGGUUGCUGCUGCAUCCAAGAAGCCAACAACUGCAGCUAAGAAUGGAGCAGCUGUGAUUUCUAAGAAGAAGGAAUCAAGCGACAGUGAUUCAGAUAGUAGUGAUUCGGAUGAGGAGCCGGUUCCUGCAGCAAAAAAGCAAACUGCUGCUCCAGCUAAAAAUGGUAAAGCUGUUUCAGCUUCAAAGAAAGAAGACUCGAGUGACGGUGCUGAUUCGGAGGGUUCUUCAGAUGAAGAGGCUGUAGCUGCUUCCGUGAAGAAGCCCUCUGCUCCUGUUCAGCAGAAGAAACCUGCUUCAAGCGAUAGCAGUGAGGAUAGUUCUGACGAUGAUGAGCCGCCAACUGCAAAAUCAACAGUUUCUGUGACAAAGCAACAAGUAGCAGAUAAGAAACACCCCAGAUUGGAUAAGUCUACUGCAAAAUCUGAUAGUUCUGAGGACAGUUCCGAUGAGAGUGAUGAAGAACCGAAAGAAAAGAAAUUGAAAGGUGCAGUUGCAACUGUCGGAAAGGCAAAUGCUAAAACGGCGAAAAAAGAAAGCAGUGAGAGCGAGUCUGAUGAUAGUUCUGAUGAAGAACCUGCACAAACCAAAAGUAGCAAGGCUGCCAAAGAAUCUGAUUCGGAUGAAGAUGAGGAUAGUGAAGAUGAGGAUAGUGAAGACGAACAACCAACAAAAACUCCAAAGAAGGACACGGAUGUGGAGAUGGUAGAUGUUUCAAAGAAAACGCCUAAAACCCCUGCAAGUAAUCAAAGUCAAGUCUCUGGAACUUGCACGCUUUUUGUGGGAAAUUUGCCAUUUAAUGCUGGGCAGGAUGAAGUAUAUGAUUUUUUCAAAGAAGCUGGAGAAGUAGUUGCUGUCAGAUUGGCGUCGAGUGAAGAUGGUCGAUCAAGGGGUUUUGGCCAUGUGGAUUUUGCUUCUGCAGAGGAUGCUAAUAAGGCACUUGAAUUGAAUGGUCAGGAAUUGAAUGGUCGUGCUGUGAGACUUGAUCUCGCCCGUGAAAGAGGUUCUUAUACACCAGCCAGUGGUAAUGAGAACAAAUCUUUCCAGAAGGGUGGGAGAGGUCAAUCUAAUACUAUUUUUGUAAAAGGUUUUGAUAAGAAUCUUGAGGAAGACCAGAUCAGAAGCUCCCUUGAAGAACAUUUUGGGUCCUGUGGAGAUAUCGGCCGUGUUUCAAUACCCAAAGAUUACGAAUCUGGUUACCCCAAGGGGAUUGCAUACAUGGACUUUUCCGACAAAGAUGCCUUUGAAGCUGCAUUAGAGCUCAAUGGUUCUGAUCUGAGUGGCCACUCAUUAAUUGUUGAAGCUGCAAAACCAAAGGAUGAUAACCGUGAUGGCGGGGGAUGGAGUGGUGGUAGAGGCAGCGGUGGAAGAUUUGGAGGUAGAGAUAGCGGUGGAAGAUUUGGAGGUAGAGAUAGCGGAGGCAGAUUUGGUGGGCGUCGUGGUCGUGGUGGUGGUGGUGGUGGAAGAUUUGGUGGCGGCCGGGGAGGGCGUGGUGGUGGUGGGCGUGGUGGACGUGGGGGGACACCUCUAAAGAGCACAGGUAAGAAGACUACCUUCGGUGAUGAUUAGUUGCCAGGGGGGAAAGUGCCUUGGCCUUCUUUUCCCAUUUUGUGGUGUAGCUGUGGGCUAUGCGUUUUGAAGAUUGAGAGGGGAAAAUGACCUGAAUUUAUUAUAUUCUUAUAUUUUGUUUCGUUUUUUUCCUUGUUGACUUUUUUGUUUGAACCUGAAUUAAGUGACUGUUUCCUUCUAAUAUUUAUUAUUAUGAUAAUCAUGUUUGUACUC